AUGGACGUCGUGCUCGAAGCUUUCGACACCUACCUGUUCGACUACAUCUACGCCUUCGCCGCGCCCUCACCCGCCGCGAACCUGGGAAAGGCCGCCGCCGUCGCCAAUGCCUCAUACGCCGCCAUCCCGGAGAUGCCCUCGCUCGCCAAUGCGUGGAAAUUCGAGCCUGCGAGCCAGUAUCUCUCGUUUCCGCCCACUGAGUACGCGUGGAUGAGCAGCUUGGCGCGCGACAACAUGUACCGCCAGGCCGUUUCGCUAUUCCUCAUCACCUGGAUCUUCGGCCUGGUCGUCUACUUCUUGUGCGCGACCUUCUCCUACGUCUUCGUCUUCGACAAGGCCACUUUCGCCCACCCGAAAUACCUCAAGAACCAGAUCUCGCUCGAGAUCGCCCAGACAAUGCGCGCCAUGCCCAUCAUGAGCAUCUUCACCACUCCUUUCUUCGUCGCCGAGGUUCGUGGCUUCAGCAAGAUGUACGAUGCUACUUCGGACGGCCCUGGAACCUGGUACGACAUCAUCCAGUUCCCAUUCUUCAUCAUCUUCACCGACUUCUGCAUCUACUGGAUCCACCGCUGGCUUCACCACCCCAAGGUCUACAAGCACCUCCACAAGCCGCACCACAAGUGGAUCAUGCCCUCUCCGUUCGCGAGCCACGCCUUCCACCCGCUCGACGGCUUCGCCCAGUCUCUGCCCUACCACGUCUUCCCCUUCAUCUUCCCGCUCCAGAAGUUCGCCUACGUCGCGCUCUUCGCCUUCGUCAACAUCUGGACCGUCAUGAUCCACGAUGGUGAAUACAUUGCCGAGAGCCCCGUCAUCAACGGCGCGGCUUGCCACACGAUGCACCACCUGUACUUCAACUACAACUACGGCCAGUACACCACCCUCUGGGACCGUCUCGGCGGAUCGUACCGCAAGCCCAACGACGAGCUGUUCCGCAAAGAGCUCAAGAUGGCACAGUCGGAGUGGGAGAAGCAGAGCAAGGAGAUGGAGCGCAUCGUCAAGGAAGUCGAGGGCGAGGACGAUCGCACUUACGACCCGGACCCGGCCGUGUCCAAGAAGCAACAGUAA